AUGGAAGGAAAAUGGUUAGCUAACCUUAAUGAAUUAGCAAAAAAUGAAGAAACCGCAGAGCACGAAUAUCAUGCAUCGCUAAAUAAAGAUGUAAGGAAAGAGAAGAUGAUAUACUCCAGCUACCUGUUAGAAUCACAGAAAUCCAAGCACCAAAUCGACAGAGAGGAAGAAGCGACGUCAACCAAAAGGCGAAAAGAUCUAACAAAUGUAUCGCUUGAAGAUGAUGGCAAAAGUAAUACUACCAACGUUGCGUAUUCCGGAAAGAGUAUGGAUGAUCUUCUUCGUGGCGACCAAGCACAUUCAAAAAAACCUCUCAUGGAAUCAAAUCAGAAUGAUAGUUUGCGUUCAUCAUUAUCUGUUCCGUCUUCUAACAUUAAUUGCGAAGAUGUCGAGCCUGAAUAUUACGAUGUCAAGAAACGAACAAAAAUUAUUUAUUCGUGGGAAGAUGCAAUUGACAAGAUUGAUUUUAGAAAUACUUCAAAGAAGGAUUGGAUUUUUGAAAGUUACAAUCUUUCCAAUGAGUUCCGUGAUUUUCAAAAGAUUACGAUUCAACAGGUCAAGGAAAAACCGCAUUUGUGCUACAAAAAAGACAUUCAAAAAAUUCU